UGAAGACUGACGGUAUGGCGUGUGCUUAGCAACCUCCAUGGCGACGAGGAAGAUGUGGGUUGUUUUGUGUGUUGGUUGUGGGUCACAGUGUCAGGACAACCAAAAAACGGGAAGUACAGUUGUUGAAUAGAGGCUAUUCAUACAAACAAAUAUCUCGCUGAAAUAACAGACGGAGCAUGGGAUACACUGAAAUAAAUAAUAUGGAUAAAGGGAAAGGGUCCAGUAUGUUCAGUAGUUCAUUAAUUCAAGUAAAACAUUCAUCUGAACAAAUUGAAGUUCAAAUUUAAGGUGUACAUGUGGUGUAAGUAAAUCAGGCUGGCAUAGACUACUCUCCACACCAACCAUAUACACUUACUGUAUUGGAUAGCCCAGCAGAUCAGACAUGCAGUACUUGGUCCAAGACCAUAUGUCUGCCCAUUAUAAGAAAGUAAUCUCUGCCAAAGCUUCGGUGGACAAUUCAGUGCCCAAAAGUUUGCUAACCAGCAUUAAAUACAGUGACCAACAGCGAAGGGAAAAGAUGAAAAAGGAGGUAGACAGGUUUAAGAGGGGAGUUCUAGCUGCCAGAUCAUCAGCACGAGAGAGCUGCAGAAGUAAUGGCAGACAUUCUUCUGCUGAAACUGUUAAGAAUAGCAUGCCAAUGCAAGAUAAUGGUGUUGAGGAGUCUUGUCCUUAUUCUGAAAGCAGACCAGCUUCAUCACCAAGAUUUGUAAUCUCUCCCCAUUCAAAGGCACAUCCGUCUGUGAAUGACAACACCAGAGAAAAUGCUCAGAAGAUCUACUACCGCUCUUGCUCAGAUUUAACUUAUAGAAGCUCCACUGCUAAAAGGCAGCGUUCUGUGUACAGUUCGUGUGGCAGCGUUUUAAAAAAUCAGACUACUGGUAGGUCAUUUCAAGAUCCAAAGCAGAAAACCUACAGUGGAGAUCUUUUAGAAAAGCAUUCUCAUAAUUUCAAAGAAGAACAGCUCUUCACCCCAAGAACUUUGAAAAAGGACAACAAAUCAUUUUUGUCACAGUACAGGUACUAUACGCCUCCCAAAAGGAAACCAGAAAAAGAUAAAACAAGAGUAAACCAGCAGGCCAAGAUAAUGAUAAACCAGGAUACACAAACUGAUCAGGAAAGCUGUGAAGCAGGCAAUGCUUCACGAGACAAAAAGCAUUUAACUGAAGCAGAGUGGGUUCUGCAACAGGCUGAUUAUACUGAACAUAUAUGGUCUGAUAAAGCAGAUGCUGGCGAAAAUUCAGGAUAUGGUUUUCAUAGAAAAGAACGGAAGAGCAGUUUGGAAAAUACUGAUCACAUGUACACUUUCUCAAGAUUGACACCGGAUAGAAUGAAGUCUCCAACUAUGAGGAAAGUCCAAGCAGAAGAAGAGGAGUUGAGGUACCUUAAAUUUAUUGCAGACAUAACGAAUGAGAUCUUGACAAUGGGAUUGUAUUCUAACAGGGUUUUAGAGUGUGUAUUUCAGCGGCAUGUAGAACAGAAUAAACAUCGACUAGACAAGGAUAAAAUGUGCCACCUGCUGGAUGUGCUUAGAGAUGAUCUUGGAUGCAGUUUUGAUGAUAAAUAUUUAAGGCUGACUGAAAGCAAUCCAUUAUUUGGGCACAGGGAGGCAACCUAUUUGCACUCUGAAAAUCUGAAGUUGAACGGAGAUGACACAAGGAAAAGCACAGAAAGUGCUUAUGUGUUGGGUGAAGAUUUGUUGAAUGGUGUAAUAUCUAAUCAUUCAUGUACUUCACUAUGUACAGAACAUGGGUAUCCUACUCCUUUUCCAGAAUACCAACAACAAGAAGUUGAGGGUUUGGAAGAAGAGCCACAGGUUGGGACUCACAAAAGAAUAAGUAGCAACUUCACGAUUGUGGAUCUUGCUCCCAAUACUGAAAAUGAAGUAGAUGGAGGAUCAAAGGACGUGGAGGAUCUUGGAAAGAGUUUAGCAGAAUCCUUGCUUGUUUCUUAUCAAAAUGAACCUUGUGAGAUUCUAGAGGAGUCCUGUAAAAGAGAUUCAAAAUCAGAUUGUAACAUUAGUGAUGAAGACUUUUGAUGCUGUCAGACUCCUUCUGUGACUGAGUUACUUUUGUUAUUGUGUUCAGGUUAAUGCAAAUGAAAGAGAUUCAGUCACUUAAAGGGUAAUAUUAAUAUUCAGUCUGAAUCGUUUACAUACUGCUUUAAACUGUUAUAUGUUUUAUUGGAAAUUACAUUCUGUUUUAUUAUGACAUAAAGCUUGAAACUAGUGUUUACAACUGUUAAAUAAGUAUUUUCUUGGAAUUAAUAAAGAUACUGUUAUAAUUUAAGGAUGGGAGAAUCUGUUGACAUGUAGAUGGUGGAAGUACAAAGUUCACAUAUCUGAAUGUAGUUUAUGUAUGUUUAUUUAUCUUCCAUCAUUAGAAAAAUGUUUACUGUUUCCAAUUAUUGUUAUGCUUCAGCGGCAUGGCACCAAAAAUAUUUAUAUAUAUUUGGUUUGAAGAAUUGAAUAAUCUAUCAAGCUAAGGCAUAUUUAUAGGUGUAGUAGUAAAGACAAAUACAAUAUACAACAGUAAGAAUUCAAGAGGUAGCAACAUUUAAUGGGGAGGAUAGUUUGAAAGAAGAAUAUAU